ACUGACUCCCGAGGAAGCAAUGGGGCCUGUGACCGGACUGGGCGCCUCUACUUGUAUCACUACAAUGAGGAACAGCCUUACAUCCCGCUGACCGAAAUCCAGAGGAUUGACACUGCCGCCAUCCUGGACAUCAAAUGGUGCCACAUUCCCGUUGCAGAACAUCCCAUGGUUGGCAUUGCAAACUCGACAGGCGCUGUGGAGUUUUGCCAGCUGACUGGAAGCGAGAAGAACAGCUGCAUGUUGGAGCCGUGCUUCAGGGUCGAUCUCGGUGCACAGCGUCUGGCCUUGUCUUUAGACUGGUCCACCGGACGAGAGCAAUGUGGAUGUCCUUUGAGAGUGAUCAGCAGCGAUUCGGAGGGGAAGCUGAAUCUUUUCUCCAUAGAUGAAUCUGCUCCUUCUGUGCAUGUCCUGAACCAGUGGGAAGCUCACAAGUUUGAGGCCUGGAUUGCUGCUUUUAAUUACUGGGACACUGAUAUCGUGUAUUCAGGAGGAGACGACAGCCUGCUAAAGGGCUGGGACACCAGGUGCAGCCCGGAGACUCCUGUCUUCACCAGCAGGAGACACUCGAUGGGUGUGUGCAGCAUUCAGUGCAGUCCCCACCGGGAGAAUCUUCUGGCUACUGGCAGCUACGACGAGCACGUGCUGUUGUGGGACACCAGGAACACGAAGCAGCCGCUGGCAGACACCCACGUGGAAGGUGGAGUUUGGAGGCUGAAGUGGCACCCGACCUGUGACUUUGUGCUGUUAGCAGCCUGCAUGCAGAGCGGAUUCAAAAUCCUGGACUGCCGCGGAAGCAUGGCGGAAAAUAUGGAGGAAUGUAUCAUCCUGUCAUCCUAUGUCUUGCACAAUUCCUUGGCUUACGGGGCUGACUGGUCAAGGCUGUGUCCAAGGGAUUCCUUGAUUGCAACACAGGACUCUGCUGCUGCAUGCCAGUCUUCGGAGGAGCUUGUGGGAAGAUCAGAGGAAGGAGACGAGAGACUGAAUUUGCAGGUCCAAAACCUGAAGAUAAUUUACGAGUCUCCUACAGCUACUUUUGAUGUAAUAUUGGAUGAGGAGAGUGAAGGCCCUGCCUUGCCGCUCAAAGCAGAGGGGCGUCCUAAGCUGUCUGGGGAUCCAGACCUGGGCAGGGGCCCUGAUUUAAAGGGAAGUUUAGAUUUGGCUGGCUGUCCUGGCCAAGGGGGGGAACACGAGUCGGCCAGCAGCACUGACAGGGGAGCCCAGAGACCCAAUGGAAUGGGCCUGGACAGAAGGGGGGAUUCAGCCAGGUCUCUAGACAGCCCAAAAGAAAUGAGCAUUGUAGCAACUUGUUCUUUCUAUGACAACAUCCUCCAUGUCUGGAAGUGGGAGAUGAGCCUGGUGACCCCCUCGGAGACGCCAAGUACUAGCUCUCCCUCUGAAAGAACAGCUGAAAGUUUGCAGUGA